UCCUCCACUGCCAACAAUAUCACCGACAACACCGGCUGCAAGGAGCUUACCUACAUUUUCACCCGCGGUACCUCUGAGACCGGCAACAUGGGCGCUAUUAUCGGGCCCGAGGUAGUCUCUGACCUUAAGUCCCUGAGUAGCAACAAGAUCACUGUGCAGGAUGAUAAUACCAACAUGGGGACCUCUGGCGGCAGUACCAUGACCUCAUUAGUUAAGCAAGCCAUCAGCCAAAACCCCAACACCAAUAUUGUAGUGAGCGGCUACUCGCAGGGCGCCGUAAUAGUACACAACACCGCUAGCCAGCUAAGCUCGGGAGAGAUCCAGGCGGCCGUACUUUUCAGCGACCCGCUCAAGGCCGAGUUGGCCAACACCCUCGACUCCUCCAAAGUGAAGAAGUUCUGCGCCACUGGCAACCCGGUCUGCAAGAACGGCUCCGAUGUCAUGGCCCACCUUUUCUAUAGUGAUGAUACACAAACUGCAGCGCAGUUCUUAGUCAGCGCGGUCAGUUUUAAAAUUCUCUCACGGACUCAAGUAUAUAGUUUAUCUUAUGAAGGGAGAGUACAGGGAAAUAUAGAUAACAAAAAACAGCUGUAUUUAAGAUUAGUCCUGUGGUAUAUAUAA